GUUGUCUACUAUUUGAAGAGUAUAGCUGUAUGCAUUUGUAGAAGUUUUCACCAUUGAAAGAUUUUGGAAGACCAAGGAUGGAAGAAUCUCGAGCUUCCUUGCCGCAAGCUUUUCUACAACAGGUGGAGGGUUCUCGAGCUUCUUUACAGCAGGCUUCUCUACAACAGAUGGAAGGUUUUCGAGCUUCUUUACAGCAGGCCUCCUUAGAACAGACGAUGACGCAAGAUUCUCAGAGUUUCUCACAGCAGACAUGUUUCCAAGCAAUAAUGAAAGAACUGAAAGAUAUAAAGGAGUUACUGGGGAAGGUAGUAGAAAGGAAAGGAAGUGAUCAAAACGAAGGAGUACAAGACGUUGUUAGCAGUGAAGUGUUUGUUGGGGACCGAUUGUUUGAAAUCAAAGUGCCAAAAAUCAGCAUUAUAGAGGCAGAACAUAGUGCAAAGAAUUCCCAGGCUCUUGCUCGCAAUUUGUUAGACUGUCUGCUGACAAAGAGGGAACAAGCUGACAGAACCUGCUAUGGUAGUGCGACAAAAAACCGAAUUCAAUUGAACAUUUUGAGAGCUAUAAGAAGUAUCAAUCAGCUCACCGAGUUUGCAAGACAUCAAGAGACAUUUGAAAAGGCAUGA